AUGACGCGUCGCAAGGGCAGGCCCUCACCACCGCCAUCCUCACUCUCCAAGAUCCCCGGAUCCUUUGAGAUCCCCGCCUCGCUACAUCAGUUCUCUACCAUUUCACGCUCCCUCGCCGCGACCAUGGCGACCGGCGCGGGCUCCUAUAAUAAUCGUCCUCUCUCGAAGACUACUUCGAUCCCCCAAGUGUCGCCUAAAUUCACACCUGCAAACGCGCUGUCGCAACCCGCGCCGAAUUCUCAAUCCUCCUCACACGCCCCCUCGUCAUUCUCUACUACUCCUCGUGCAGGCCAAUACGCUACCAACAAGGCAAAUCCCCUCAAACGCUCCUUAUCAGAGGCCCAGCAUGAUUCUCGAUCCGUCCAGCAACCACCCUUUUCAAAGCCGGUGUCAAGAGAUGGGGAACAGUCCAAUACUCAUUCCCAAGCCCGCCCAAAAGCCACAACUGCUGUAUCGGUGUACAAUUCUCACUCUCCGCAGACGCUGCAUGCCACCGUUUCGACGUUUACUCCAGCCGAGGAACCUCCGCUCAGGCCAGGAGAAGCGCCCGUCUUAGCGACGCAUCCCAACUUGAUAGCCCAGUUGAUCGCUAGGAAAAGGGCGGAAAAUGAGAAGCUGGGCAACCGAGAGCGAUGGGCUCGUAGACAACGGGAACAUCGACUGUCUCAGUCUCCAGCGACUCAAUCGGCAAAUGAGCCUAAGCCUCAACACGGUCGAAAUGAAAUGCCAAAAGCACCUCCACAGAGCAGCUCUAAUCCUCCCCUUGCACGGUCUGUGUCGACCACACCAACAGUGAAACCCGUGACCUCGAUUGUAUUUAAUGCGCAAACUCCAGUGGCCGAGUCUCCCUCAACGCCUGCGACAGAAGACUCAAUCAAACCAACGGAAAAUACCAGUGAGCGGCGGCAAUCGAACGAUAAUGACUCCUUGUUUGAAUCUCCUUUCUCCUCACCAAUUGUUGAGUUCCUUGAAAAGGCUACGGACAAUGCAGGAUUGAAAGAUCCGCUACAAAAUCACGGGGCGAUGUCCACGAAACCCGUAGGUACGGUCGCAGCAGCACCCAUACCUCAUCCUGAAAGCGCUGCAAAGGCCGAAAGCUCUAGAUCAACAACCAACAAGUUCAAAGAAACUUCCGCGAUACCUCCCCUGUUCUCGGAUAAGCCUUUGACGAAUCAGUCUCAAUCGCAACCUUUCCGCACAAAUUCGAUGCAAAGUCCGUCGGUGAAUGUGCACCAGCAAGCCCAGACAGAUUCAUUGACUCCAGCCCAAGGUCAAAUGCCUCAACACCAACAAAGAGGUGGACCACCACAAUUAGCGCCUCGCCAGCUGCCAGCCCCGAGACCCAUACCAUACUACCCGCAAAAUGUGGGCAUGCCGGGCUUCUAUAGAGUGGAAAUGAGCCCGAGCUGGUCAGCUGGCAGCAGCAACUUCGUCGCGACUCCCGUGUCAUCGAUGCCGUCAACCCAUGCUUAUGACCAGCAAAUUUUGCCCGCGAGCAUGGCCUAUAGCCCUUAUGGCGUGGGUUCAAUGGGGGCAUAUGUCGUGGGACCCGACCUUCCACCCGCUCCUGGUCCUCUUCGCACAUAUGGAAAUACGGUGGCAACGACGGCCGCAGGACAGACAAAGGAGCAGCUAAUCAUGACGGGGCAUAUAACCGCCGCAGACAUGGUCGCGGGGAUUAACACAAGGUUCAAAAUCGCGACGAAGGAUGAUUUCACUGUGCCAAAGCGAUAG